AAAGGUCGAAAACGAAUUUUUAACCAUGUGAGCCACCGUAGACAAAAUAUGUGUGUAUCUCUGAACACUCACGAUCAUUUCUCAUGUUAUUAUGUGUAUAAGGUGUACGUGAUCUCAGGCUGAACUGACAAUUAUAAACAAAAGACGUGUACGUGCAUGGAAGGUGUAGAUGUAUUUACAACUCGCGAUACGAUCCGUAUUGACAACUUUUAACUAGUCAAAAGAGAAACUUCAGAUGUUGUUAAUAUAGAAACCCAAGACUAAACACUUGGAUUCAAAACAUCUCUGACGGUUCUGGUCUGCUUGAUUACUACUCGCAAUGGCUUUCUUAGUAGUCGAACGAGUCCAUAGCGUGUUGGUUUCGUGUUUCUUUAAAGAUACAGUAAACCUUACCGUAUUGUAUGUAUUUAACUGGACUCGGAUGAAGUCAUGAGCCGCUGCCGUCGGGUGAUCCUCCUGUCUGGAUUAAUUUGUCUCUGUGUGACACGGUGUUGCCCCUCCAGACUGACACACUGCGACAAUGGCAAGACAAAUCUAGUCACAGACCUACCAGGACCUGAAGAGCUUGUGUGUCAAGAGCUCUGGCCACAGUCACAGACGAAUAUCCCUGAUAUUGACACAAAACAUAUUAUAAAGGCUGCUGAUUCCAUCUGUAUGGACACACCCAUUACAUACAAUGACCGUAUACCCACCCAUGGUCCUUACAGGCCUGUUGAAGCCGAGAGUGGAGAGUACCUCUUCUGCCCCCCUCAGCGCUGGCUUAACAACCUCAAAAAUGGAGCGCUGGUUUUUCUGUAUCACCCGUGUGUCUCAGCGGAAGCUCACAGGAGUCUGGCGAUGUUGGCUCACUCGUGUCUGCCUCGUUACAUCCUCACACCUCACCCGUGGCUCAGCCAACACAGACCUUUGGCUGUGGUCUCAUGGGGUCGCUCACUAGAGAUGUCCCACAUCACACUUGGGGUUUGUGAUUGGUUGCUUUCCAUUUCCUCCAAUAUUAGUCAAGCUAGUACAAACCAAAGGGCAAAGUACAAUCUAUAUUUGACAAAACCAGCACCUGUGCACAAACCAGUGAACACCAGUCAAGAGAUGUCCAAAGUGGAGAGAUUAAAGUCUCUUAAACACUGCUGCAUGGAGGCUCUCAGUCUCACUGAGGUACAGAGGACCAGAAGGAGAACCAGGAAAAUCAGAAAUGUCCUCAAACAAUCACCAGAGGAAGUGGAAGUGAAAUUUGAUGUCAAACCAGAAGAACUUAACAGCACUGACAGUGCAAAACUGAAUCAUACAGACGCACUACCACAAAAUAAUACAAAGGAAAUGGCCUCCUUCUCAAUGCUAACUGUUACACAAUCUCUCAGUUCAGCAAAGGACUCUGAGAAGUCUGGAGACAAAGACAAGACAAUUGACGCAGAGAAGCAAUUUCCACAGAAUAAAGUGACAGAAAGAUAUAAAUACCAAAUAGACAGAAAAACACAUAAGAAAACUAUAGUGGAAGGUGAGAGGCAUCGCGUCAAAACUGACACAAAGGCACAGAGGUCUGGAUCUGAAUGCGGGGAGCUUGGACAGUGUGGAGUCCCAGACUCAAUAUCUCCUCAUAUCGGAGGGCCGCUGAGGGGGGAGAGGAUACCCAUCCCACGUACCGAUGAGGCUGUGUGGGCAGCAGGCGCUCUGGGCUUCCUCUUAGUGCUUCUCACCCUGUCUGUGCUCCAUACGCGUCUCUAUCGCCACUGUCGAUCUUCCACCAGUCUCUACUGGCACGACCACCAGCAAGACUAUGAGAACGUGGGUGACAUCAUCCGCCGAAGGCUUAGGAUGGUUGGCCGGAGGAAGAGGAGAAGCAGCCAAAGCAGGAGACAGGAAUGUGCACUGCUACACUCGAGCAAUGAGGAGAACUCUGACUAAAUGACCGGAUUGGUGAACACUAGUAAUCUUACACACUCUAUUUGGACUCUAUUGGAAUAUCAUGUGGCACUCAUAGAGUAAAUAUGAACCUUUUUUGUUUUGAAGCCGAAGGGAACUUGUCAGUUUAGGCAUUUACACAUUCAAGACAACACUUCUAAAAGACAAUUUCUCUCUUGUAUUUAAUUUAGUGACACAAUUAAGUGAUAAAGGUACCAUUGAGUAAAUUAUACCAUUUAGUAUAGAAAUACCUUUUACACAUUUUAUAUCUUGAGUAUGGUGUUGUCUAUUACUGUUGGCAGCAUAUUGGUAAAUUAAAAUUGCGAAGAAACAGAUGUAUAGACAGAUCGUACAUCCGAGCAGUGUUGGGGAAAGUUACUUUUCAAAGUAAUACAUUACAAUAUUGUGUUACUCCUUAAAAAAGUAACUAAUUGCAUUACUUUAUGAAAAGUAAUGCAUUACAUUACUUUUGGAUUACUUUUUCUUAUCUGGGUUGGGCUUGCUUGUUUGUUUUUUAACAACAACAAAAAGGUUUUUUUUGGCAAAUGUUAAAGCCCUUUCACACCAAAAGUGAAAUGAAUAAUACUCAGGCUGAAGGAAAUGCAAAUUCACACCUGUACAGUAGAGGGCGCUGCUCAAAACAAACCUUUCAGCUGUGCUGUCAUUCUAGAUUAAAGAAGAAUAGGAUACUGGAGAAAUUUUUGCUUAUUAGUAUGGUUCAAUUAGAACAUCGAAGGUCAGACAUUGGUUAAUAAAGUGAGAUUAAAUACAUAAAGUAUAUUUGUGUAAUUUAAUAUAUUUAAUUAUAGGUUUGCGUAAAAUUCUGAGAUUGCAUUUCACUGUUUUUAUUCAUUUUGAGCAAUACUGAAUGUUUUUGUGAAAGUAAGAUGAGUAAAUGCAUGUUCACAUUUUGUCUAGAACUACAGUAACCAUCAUGUUCACACAGCACACAGCACCGCUGCACUUUAUUUCUCUCAACAUGCGGACAGGAGAGCUGUCAGACAAUAAAUGUGGAAAAAGUAACUUGCGUUACUAAUUUGAAAAAGUAACUUAGAUAUUUUGUUGUAAAUUGAAAAAGUAAUGCGUUACUUAAAAAGUAAUCUGAUUACAUAACUCAAGUUACUUGUAAUGCGUUACCCACAACACUGCAUCCGAGUGUAACAGAUUCUCAAAAAAGAAAAAUGUAAGGCAGGGACUUGGUUCUGUCUAUUGCUUGUUGAUUGGAUUUUGAAAUGUGGGAGUUGCAGAUAAACGCAAGCUUGCAGGGUAAGGUUUAAGCAGACUAAAGGAUUGGAGAAGUCCUGCAUACAUCACCAGAGAGAAGUAUGACGUUUUCCCCCGAAGGUCCAGCUAUGACAUUCUGAUUAAACAUUAUGAGGUCAAAAAAAAAAGAAACCCAUCAUAACUCAUAAGUCAUAACAUGCAUCCAGAAAUGUUUCAUUUCAUGCCAACUUUAAAAGAAAAUGGAAUGUUUUGGUCACAUUAAAGCAUUCUUUUCCUGCUUGGGUAUUACUUGUAGUGUUUUUCUAAUGGUAGGUUUCUAAAAUUCUCUCAUCAUUUACUCACCCUCAUGUCGUUCCAAACCUGUAUUACUUUUUUUUUCUGUGGAACACAAAGGAAGACAUUUAAAAGAAUGUUGAUAUUAUAACCAAACAGUUUUAGUCACCAUUGUCUUCCAUUCCAAAGCACUGCAACAUUUCUCAAAAUAUCUUCUUUUAUGCUCAAUAGAAGAAAGAAAGUUAUACAGUUCUGCAACAAGAGGGUGAAUAAACAAUGACUAAAAAGUUAAAUUUUUGGGUGAUCUAUCCCUUUAACUGGGUUAAAAGCCUCUUGUGAUAAGUUUGGAUGAAAAACAUGAUGCGUUUUUUACUCUAUAGCCCUGUCUGUUGGUGAGAAUGCCUGUGGUUUAUGUGUCACACGACUUGACACAAGGAGAUGGCAGUAGAGACCUCUCCAGUUCCACUGGCACUCUGUGAAUAGUUUAAAUUAUGUAACUGCGCUGCACUAAAGUUGAGCAGAUGCUUUUUCAUCCAGGAGUGUGUAGCAUACUAAUUGUAUAGGUCAGAUAGCAAACUAAUGAAGGAGAACAGUUGUAGCCUAAAGUUUUGACAAUUACUUUACAAAUUUUGUGUUUCACAAAGUUUGCUGCUUCAGUUGUUGUGGUGUUGAUUCACAUUGUUUCUAGAUAAUUUGCUUUUUAAAUAAAUUUAGACAUUGUGUUUCUCUGAA